UAUCUGAAAAGUAAUAAAUUUCGAGUGGAGUGCGCACGUUUCGAUUCGCGGAUGCUCCAAAUCAUAACGACAGCGCAAAAAACCUGCACGAUAUGUCAAUCUCUUUCGGUGACGUAGAUUUGUAAUUAGCAGAUAAUCGUAUUUAUUAAGAAACUAACUGGACUAAUUGAUGAUUUGUUAAUGAGAGUGAAAUUUGUUUUGUGAUUUUUGUUAGUUUCAUACUCCAUUUUUUCUAUACACCCAGACUGAUAACUAACUUUUUGGGCAUGAGUAUGUCGCGGUAGUGUUUUUUCAUUUAAAUAUCCGCGUCGCGCUCGUAAAUAAAUCAGUUGAGAACUGAAAUUUGCCCAACACAUUUCGUUCGGAGUUAAUAGAAUAUCAAGUGUCCGAACACAAAUAUGUCGCCAUCUCUCUUACGCCUGUUACUAUUGGCCGCUGCUGCUUGGGGUGUAGCGCAGACGCGUCAUAUGCCUGCCAAAGAAUUGGUAAAGCAGCAAGUGACGUCAUUGACAUCGUCUUUAAGGGUUGCUCGCAAUGAUAGCAGCUACUUUGGCAAUAAUACCAACAACAAUGUUACUAGUAGCAUUCUUGCCAUAACAAACGCAAACAAUAACAAUAACAACAGCAACAAGGUUUCAACGGAAUACGCAAGUGCUGAUCAUCCACCGCCAACAAAGCAAACGAAUAUGCAGUUCGAGGACAACGAUAACGGCGCAGGCAACACUGUCAGCAUCAGUACGCCGAAGAGUGUAGUUGAGAAUUGGAGUUUGGUGUGUCAGCAGCUCUGCGGAGCUGGCUUAGGCGGCGCACCAUGUGCUACCCACUGUCAGAGCAGUGAUAAGCCGUCGCCUCUACCACAUUUUAAAGAGAACAACCAGACAAUUUGCAAAGAUCUUUGUAGACUACAGCUCGGUGAUGUCAGUUGCAACUGUACAUUUGAAGAAUUGGCAAUUAUUAACGCAACUAUGAUGUACGAGAACGAAUUACAUAAUGCCGUCUGCAAUAGCUUUUGCGAACAUAACGGUGCAACGCUGACCGGCUGUAGUGACUGCACAAACAAAAUUAAUGUGGAAAUAUCGAUGAAAGUGGCGGUAGAAAGUACAACACCUAACUGGAAAGAACUGUGCGUGGAACUAUGCAAAACAGGCGAUGGCGGGUCUUUGUGCAAUUGUAAUUUGGCGCCGUUUUUUUAGAAAUCUAGCAGAGCAGUGAAUUGUUUAGCCAACAGCAAGAACAACAACAGCAAAAGCAACACAAUGCAAAACGUACACACUAGAGAAGAAGAAAGUGUAUUGCACACGACUGUGGAAAUGGGCAACAUUUGACACUCUGCGCGGUCUCUAAAUUGGAAAACAAAAAAUUAUAUAAAUUUUUAACGACGGCGACAAAUACACUUUUAACUUAAUUAUGGUAAUUAAAAUUAUUGGAAAUAUUUGAAAAGAAAUAAUUUAACAUAAAUUAAUUAAAUUAGUAUAUCGUUAUUAAAGCACAAUUGGUUUGUUUAUGUACAAAAAAAAAAAAAUAUUAAAAUUUAAUUUUUAUGACGAAUAAGAAGAAAUUUCAAAAUAAUUGGCUACUUAUUCUGUUGUUUUAAUUAUUUGAAUUAUAUUUUUAUUUUUUAUUUUUAUUUCACCUCUAUUUUCAAUGAUUUUGGUGCCUUUAAUGCACUGAAACCUCCCCAAAAACAAAAACAUAAACGUGUUGGAAAGGCAAGUAAGGCAAACUUGCGUGCGUGAGGCGCAAAAAGCGAACGAAGAAUGGAUACAAAAACAAAAUAUCAAUCCCUAUGCGAAUCAAUUAAUUUGUAAUUAAUUUGAAUUAUAGUAAAAAAAAAUAAAAUCAAAAUAAAAAAAUCAUUAAUAAAUCUACAAAAACAAUUAUAGACAUAAAAGGGUGUGUAACAACACCUAGAUAUAUAUAUAUAUAUAUACAUAUACACAUAAUAAAGUGAUGUAGAUGUUCAUAUAUACACAUAUACAUAACUAUUGCAUAGUGUAUAAACGAUAAAUGCAUUAUUAAAUAGCUCAUACGUACGUAAUUAUAUACAGAAAGCAAAAUACAUAUGAACAUAAAUGUACAUACAUAUAUACAUAUUUAUAUAUGUUCAUAUAUUUGAAAUUUUUAUUUUUUACAAAAGUUCUUACGUUUCAAAUUUAUUGUUGCACAAUUCUUCAAUGACUGCUCAUUGAGGAAAUAUCAAGUAUAACAACAACAACAACAACAACAAAAUCACCAAAGGGCUUCCAGGAUGUCAGUUUGAUUAUAUAAGUGCGCUUGCCAUCUCACUCAUGGCAGGCCAUGCUCAAUCAACUGGCAUACAAAUCUCAGAGUGUAGAAUAAUUGUAGGCAUAAAAACCAACAAAUAAUGUUUAAAAAAAUAUAUGAAGGUUUUGUGCAACAAUUCAAAGGAGAAAAAAAACGAA